AAAUUUGGGGAUUAAAAUGAAAUUGCGAUUUUAAAGCAUGGCAGCGGUGCAGCGGCUAGCGUGGCGUUUCCGCCCGGCUCCGCCGCUCAUGUUCGCACUCGCCAACGGCGUCGCAACACCCUCAGCUUGUAGUAGCAGCACCAGCACCGCAGAAUCAGCAUCGAGCUCGAAACAAUGCAGGCCCUUCAACUCCACAGCAUCAUCUUCUUCUUCUUCUUCAUCAUCAAAGGCAGGUUGGUUUUCGGGUCUGACAUUGCCGAAGGUUGUGAAAGCUGGAGAUCCCGUUCUGCACCAGCCUGCACGUGAAGUUGAUCCCAGUGAGAUGAAGUCGGAGAAGGUGCAGAAGAUCAUCGAUGACAUGAUCCGUGUCAUGAGGAAUGCACCUGGUGUUGGUCUCGCUGCCCCACAAAUUGGACUUCCCUUCAGGAUAAUUGUUUUGGAAGAUAAAAAAGAAUAUAUGGGUUACGACACAAAGGGAGAGAUCAAACCACAAGAGAUAAAAGCACAAGUUGAAGCAGAAAUCAAAGCACAGGACAGAAGGCCUUUUGAUCUUUUGGUGAUCCUGAAUCCUAAACUAGAGAAGAAGAGCAACAGGACUGCACUGUUUUUUGAAGGGUGCUUGAGUGUCUCAGGAUAUAGUGCUGUGGUAGAGAGGUACCUUGACGUUGAGGUUACAGGUUUUGAUCGCGAUGGUGAACCCAUCAAAAUAAAAGCUUCAGGUUGGCAGGCCCGGAUUUUGCAACAUGAGUGUGAUCACCUAGAUGGAACACUGUAUGUUGAUAAGAUGUUACCAAAUACUUUCAGAACUUCAAGAAACUGGGAUAUGCCUCUUGCCCCUGGGUGCCCCAAACUUGGCCCCCGCUAACAAGUUUUUGGUGCAUGUUGGUGAAAUUUUGUAGCAUGUGAUCCAGAUGCAUUAAGUUAGAAAUUUUGUCUCAGUUCGGAAGUAAAUUUUCUGUAAUAUUUGUUGUUCAUACUGCAGCAAUUGUUACUGCAAUCUGAUAUUAUUUUCUGAUCAAUACACUUCAUUUAGGUUUUAUUACUCGGGAUAUGGAUUUUUCAUUUAAUUUUAUAGUGGGUAUUCAGUCAUGAUGUUUAGAGACCGCACGAGACAUAAAACAGAUUAUUGGAAUUUGGUUCGUGUUUGUGCAUGAAAUAAACUUAUAUAACAUAAAUGCUUUUUUUUUU